AUGGCCAAGUCCAAGAACUCGUCGCAGCACAACCAGGCUAAGAAGGCCCACAAGAACGGAUACCCUUCGCUCAAGGGUACCGACCCCAAGUUCAGACGCAACCACAGACAUGCUCUUCACGGCACCAUGAGAGCCCUGAAGGAGGUCAAGGAGGGCAAGAGAGUCCGCAUAAACGCAUCAACCACGUCACGAAAGUCAAAAAUCGGCGUCUAG